GUAAUGUUUAUCCCAUAAAAUGUCUAGAGCACUCAGUUGAUCUAUUACCUAGUAGAUGUCGCGCUUGACAUGAUAAAACAUUUGACAUGUGCCAACUUUACGUUCUGUGCGUUUUAUGUUUUGUGCGCUCAAAAUUCUCAAGAAAAUGGUGCAGGGCCAGAAAUUAUUGGAAAUUAGAAAUGGAUAAAAAUGUAGAAAUAUUCAGUUAACUGCAUUUGAAAAAACUGUUCUUCACAGAAAACCCGAAGAUGCAGUCUCAAGAGGGUUUAUCCGGCUCGUCGGACCAUAGACUAGCAUUGAUCCACGAAAUGAGUUCAAAUAAUUUUGAUCUCAUUAGGUUUGCUUCAUAUAGAACUGCUAUGAAGUUGAGAUUCAUCCAGAAGAAAGUUAAUUUGCAUGCAGUUGACAUCUGGAAUGUGAUUGAAGCGUUCCGCGAGCAAGGUCUUCAUGCCUUAGAGCCCUCUCAGGAAUUGAGCGUGGCUCGCUUAGAGACUCUACUGUGUUCAUUGUACCAUAGUCUAAAUAAACGUGCCCCACCCACCCAACAAGCCCAUGUAGAUAUUUGCUCCAGUUUGUUGUUGAAUUGGAUACUUGCUGCUUAUGCUACAGUAGAUAAUGUUGGUAAAAUAAGAGUAUUCUCGAUUAAAGUAGCCUUGGCGACCCUUUGCGCUGGCAAACUCAUGGAUAAAUUAAGGUAUAUAUUCUCCCAAAUUUCGGACAGCAACGGUUUUUUGCUUCAAUGGAAAUUCAACGAAUAUUUGCAAGAAGUGCUGGCGCUUCCAGCAGCUGUAUACGAAUCACCAACCUUCAAUUACACAGAUUCCUUAGCUAACUCAAUUUUCAGUCCUAAUGUUAAAGUAACAGUCAAUGACUUCCUGGAUGUUAUGAUGUCAGACCCUGGGCCGCCUGCUUUGGUUUGGUUGCCGUUAAUGCAUCGAAUAGCGAAUGUUGAAAAUGUGGUUCAUCCUGUACAAUGCGAUUCCUGUCAAAGGGAAGGCUUUGCCGGAUUCAGGUACAGAUGUCAAAAGUGUCCUCACUACACACUUUGUCAGGAUUGUUUUUGGCGCGGCAGAACGUCGUUGUCUCACACGUUGGAACACCAUGUGAAAGAGUAUGCUUCAUUUUCCCCUAGCAAAACGAUCGGGCAAUCUCUAAGGAAAUCAUUCAGGUGCGUUCCCGAUAAGCAAAGGAACAACUUGCCCAGGUUUCCGGAGCAACCCGAGAAAACGUUGAACCUCUCACAUAUAGUUCCGCCAUCCCCAAUACCGUCUCACAACGGUUUUCCUGAAGGAAAUUUCUCUGCUUUUGACGGAAUGGGGAGCUUAGAUAGCAGAUCGACAGCCAGAAGUCUGGACAGUGCGCGAGACGAUGAGCACAGGCUGAUCGCGAGAUAUGCCGCGAAGCUAGCACAAGAAGCCAGAGUAGGAAUGGGAAGGGUUCCGUCAGAGGCUUGCCUCGGCAUGGACUCGACAAAAGCGCAAAGAGAACUGAUUGGCCAACUUGAGGCGAAAAAUAGAGAAAUAAUGAGGGAAAUCGCCCGAUUAAGGAGACAACAAGAAUUGGAGAACGCCGGACACGGGACUGACAAUCCAGUAUUGAUGAACGAACUUCGGGCGCUAAGGAUGAGAAAGGACGAGCUAGAAACACAUUUGACCACCCUACAAGAUUCUAGGAGGCAGCUGAUGAUGCAGCUGGAAGGACUGAUGAAAAUGUUAAAGAACCACCAGGCGUCUCCGCGCAGCACCCCAAAUUCAUCGCCGCGCAGCACGAAAUCCCCCCCGUUGCCGAGUCAACAGCACCAGAUGUCGAACCCUCGCAGCGCCCCCCAAACGCCGAUGGGGGCCCCGACGACGCCCGGCGGGAGCGUCGUCGCCGGCGUAGGGCAGGCGCAGAUGGAGAGGGAUCAGUUGCAGCAGCAUGUGCAACAUCAGCAGAUGCAGAUGAUGGGGCAUCCGGGUCGAGAGCAAAUGAAUAGCAUGCCACCAGAUAGAAACGAAGGCGACCGAGGGUUGCAUAAUCUAAAUAAUGACCUUGUAGGCGUAGGUGGGGACGUGAGGAACGCUUUUGGAGGAUCCAACAUUAAUAUUGGUUCCAAUGGCAACAGUACUCCAGGAUCGGCGGGUAGAUCCUUAAGGAACGACCUGCUGGUCGCGGCUGAUUCCGUGACGAACGCUAUGUCAACGCUUGUCAGAGAGCUGAAUUCAGACUUCGAAGACGACGGCGAAGACGAAUCGGACGGCGGCUGGCAACAAGAACUACAACGUCGCUACGCUCAAGAGGAAAGCUUCAUGGCGGAAUUGCGCGCGAGACACCCUCCCAGCCAAGGGGAGGUUCCCUUCCAACCCUAUGGCGCAUACGGCGGUGGACAGCCGUUCCGGGUACAGCCUGUGCACUACCCGGGGCAUCCGCACGGCGAUGGCGCGGAGUACGACCAGCAGCUGCAGCAGGGAUAUGGAGCUGCAGCGGGAUUUGGACAGCAGGGAAACCAGGAGCAAGAUACGCCGUUUGGACAGCCAUUCAUACCAGAGAGGCGUUGCAGCCAAGAAAGGCGCGCGAGUCAAGAACAAGUGAAACAGUACGAGAUCAGGGAAGAACUCACCGAGGAGGACCAGGAAGAAAGAAACAACCAAAUGUUGCAAUUCGAGGAAGCACUGAAGCAAUGGGUGAACAGAUAAGUAGACAAAAGUGAACGGAAUCAUUUCGUUGUGAACUAGAACGACGUUACGCUUAUUAUUUAUUCAUUUCUGUAUUAGACUGGGUCUUAAAUAUUAAAUCCUUGAAGACUUAAUUUCGAUAUUUUUGAAGUAUGUUUUGAUCUAAUGUAUCGCGAAUACGCUACAAAAAUUAUGUCUAUUUGUAUACUUGAUUUUUUUGAGUACAAGAAAAUGUGAAUCAUCGAUGUAUAACGUUCAGAUACUACAAUCCUGACCGGUCGAAAACCACCGCAUGGAAUGAAUCAGUAGAUUUCCCAAUACCCGAAGUAAAAUCAUCAGACUGUUAACACGAUCUAUCUCUGUCUAGACUGAGAUGUACUUGUAGCAUAAAUGUAGUAAGCAAUUGAUACAUGUAUAAUGUUAUUGUAAGAACACGAUUUGUUAACUAAAACCGUUGAUUGUCGUAUUCUGCCUGAAAAUGUCCAACCCAAUGCUAUAUUUCCAGGUCCACAAAAUUAUCCGUGAUAAAAUGAAAUAUCGUCUUCCAAAAUCUGCAUACGGUGAGUCACUCUUAUUUCCUGCAUGUAGAGUGCUGACAUCAGUAAAGCUGUGGAUCGGAUUGAUCGUACAGGAAAGGAGGUCGUUGAUAAGUAAGGACUGUUUCAGAAUACAACGUUUUUUGUACAAGAUUUGAUUCAAUUUCCUGGACAAGAUAAAUUUGGUUUGAAAAAAAACAAUAUGAACAAGAGAUUGAUUAAAAUAUUUAACAUGUUAUAUUUCCUUACAAUUUAUAGGCUUUGCCUCACUUGUUAUUAUACUAAAUGACAUUAAGAAACAGAAUCGGGAAUUAUUUCUUGUGUAAUAAACUGUGUAAAUGUGAAACAGUCAUUUUUGAUGCGAAACAACUUUCUAUCUAAAAUAUUGUCCCAAAAAUUGAACCAAAUCUAAAACGAUGUUAAGAGGAACACUGUCAGAGUCAAGACCGAUCCCUGGGGAACACCCGCGUUGACGUUGUCGGAUGAAAAGGAGAACCCAUCAAUCACGAUGCAUCUUGCGGCCAGAGAGAAAGUCGACCAUCCACCUCAAAUAAUUUUUUUGAUGUGGGAAUAUAGCGUUAACCUGGCUAUCUUCAGGAAUAACACGAUAUUUAAUGUUAAAACAGUAUACCCCAACAGCUGAAAACAUUUAACCGUCGUACUUUUUUAUGGACGAAAAAAUUACAGUAGAGAGCAAAUGAGGAAUGAGCUACAGUAGCGGGCAAAAGUUUGGAAACAAAUUGUGAAGGAACAGAUAAUAUAAAUAUUAAAGUCUAUAUUUGUCUCCCGGACUAAUACAACGUUUAUCUUAUCAAUAUUCAAAUUCACUGAAGAAAAAAAACACGGGUUUUUUAAAUACCACAAUUUUUGUAACGACAAAAGUAUGGAAACGUUUCAGUUUUGCCGUAUUUAUUCGUUCUGCGAUACUCUGACAUUGCGUGCGGUAAAUAUUAACAUCAGUGAGAAUGGCAAAAGUAAAACAAUUUUCAAAAGAUUUAAGAGACAAAGUAAUCGAAAAUAGAAACGAAAAAAUUCUAUGAGCAGCAGAUGUCAGGCAGUGUUGAACGCUAAAGACUAUGCUACCAAAUAUUAGCUAAACAGUAUUUAAAUAUUUUUGUAUUUAGUUUUGUAAUAAAAAAUGUUUCCAUACUAUCGUAGUCUCAUUUUUGGUCAUAAAAUAAUACGAAGUUAUUUUAAAACUACAUAGUCUGUAGUAUCACAGCAAACACAAAUUGUUAUUUGUAUCCUCCACAGCAAACUAGGUGUAUAUGAGUAAAAUCAGUCUUCAAUAAUAAAGAAUAAAAAGAGCACUUUUUAAAAUUUACUAAGAAUGUUUCCAAACUUUUAUCCGGUACUGUAAUUGCACACUAAAAACCAGCUAGUUGUAAGAUGACAUUUUAACCUGUUUUUUUACGGUUUUUAGAUUUUCGUCUGGUUGCAUCUGCUGUAUUUUUUUUAGUCUGUGCAGGGUUAAAUGUCUAAACUCUUGCGGUAACUCGUUUCGCAAGUUGUGACUUGUUAUUUUGUUUUGAUAUGUGAUAUAACUCCCCUUUGUUGAAACUGUGUAUGUAUGUAUCGAUCAAGACGUGGCUUUUGGAGCUUAGUGCUGUCUUUGAAGUUUGACAUGUAAAAAGUUGAUAAGAUAUCGUAGCAUUUUACACUGUGAGCGAUAUUGUAUAGUUAAAAUUUCGUAUAUUAUACAGGGUGCUAUAGUUUUCCGAUCUAAGUCUAGCCUGUUUAAAUGCCCAAUAAGUAUUAGGAACAAAUCAUCAUCUGAAUUUGUAGGCUUGCUAAGUGAAAUCCGAGGAAGCUAAUAGGGUGAUCAAAAAGUAUCGAUGGAUAUAAAACGUCUCGAAAAAUAUGUUUCAGAGAGCAAAUUGUUGUAAGGUUUGAAAAUAUUCAUCUAUUGAUGGUCUUGAACGUGACCUUGGCUAUGACCUUCGACCUCAUUUGAAGGUCGAGGUAGUUUUCUUAAAUGGAAACUCCUAUUUUUGAUACCGGAACAAGAGCAAAAAACUUUGUUAUAUGUUAAAGGUCAUUUGAAGGUCAAAUGUAAAUUUUAACAGGAAAUAUCUAUUUUUAAUUCCUGGAUUUCGAAUUCCGGACACUCAAGUUCAAGUAUAUUCUUGCCAACGAACCUGACCAUGAUCUUCAAGGUCAUUUCAAGAUCAGAUGAAUGUUCAAGUGAACUCCUUACUUUUUGUCAAGGAUAUAAAAAAGCGAACCAUUGAAAUUGAUUCUUAAACGUUUGUGAAAUUAAUUACCUUUAGCUUUACAGCGGGUUUAUUUUAUUAUUAUACAGCGUGAUUCACAGAUCGUGACCAAGAAUGGAACAUAAUACACAGGACCGCAAUCUUUUACUCCAAGGCUUCAUUAAAAAGAUACGUUGAAUUUUUUAUUUUCUAACUUCAUCUUUUUAAUGAAGCCCUUCAGGAAAAAAGUGAUAAUGUGUGUGAUGUUUCAUUUUCGGCCACGACUUGUGAAUCACCCUGUAUCUUGAUCGCGAAUCUAGAAUCGACUGUCUUUCAGCAAAUAACUUUUUUUAAAGGACCCCCAAUGAUCACUAUAACCAUCCUGUAUAAUGUACAGUUCGUUUCAUCAAUCAUAUUCAUUGUCCAUCUAUCUUCCAUCCCUGUUUGUAUUGUGCGCUUCUAUACCUAAUAGUAAGUAUCGGACCAAAUACUUUUACCUAACCCUUAAAUUAAGUUAUCCUAAACCGAAAAUAGAUACAGAACAUACGUAGCGCUAGCUUUUCAAAAGUUUUCAAUAGUAUGCAUGAAAAAUUUAGCAUAAUAUAUGCCUUCAGUUUUAUUUUGCAUUGAAGAACCUCGUUACAUUAUCUCUUUUUUAUAUUUGAUUAACUUUUCAUAAGGCA